CCUCCAUCCCUCGAGCUCGCCGCUCCCUCCACUCCCUGCACCACCUCUCGCACAGCAUGGCGGCGUCUUCGCAGCUGCGCACCAGCCUGCACGACGGCCAGGCCGUGUCGGUGCGCGUCCUCUCGCGCCAGCUGCGCCUGCCGCUUGCCGAUGCCCGCGCCGAGAUGCUCGCAUACCGCAAAGACUUCCCGACGCCGGCCGUCUGGCUGCUCGCCGGCACCGCGGCCGAGGCAGUCGAGGGCGCGGCCAACACCCGCCAGAUGCUCCUCGUGUCCGACUCGCAGCUUGCGCAUGCCCGCACAAAGUUCGCACAGGCGCCGUCUGAGACGCUGUACGCCCUGCUGCCCGCUGCGUCCUCCUCGAAGCAGCAUGACGCUGCUGGUCCACUCACUGCCCUGCGUACCCGCGCGCAUGAGCUGGGCCCGGACCAUGAGGGCGACUUUGGUGUGAUCCGUGCGCAGGGAGUGGAGAAGGUGGCGGGAGCACAGCGCAGUGCGCCGCUCACCGUGCCCGCAGCGGGUGUGCAGAGCAAGGCCGGCUCGACCAGCGCGGAUCAAAAACCGGCGGCCGCAGCGAAGGAGGCAGCCGCAGCGCCUCAGAAGGCAGCAGGCAAGAAGGCUAGCCUCGAUUGGAGUCGUGCGAAGGCUCCGGCUCCGCCGCCCGCAGCCAAGGCGGGUGCUAAGGUCACCAGCAAGAGGAAGAUGGUGGUGGAGUCUGAUGAGGAGGACGAGGAUGCGGUGGAGGCCAUGGACGUCGAUGCUGCGCCUGCCGAGGACGAGGAGGAGGAGCGCAUCGGCUACGCCAUGGAUGACGACGAAGACACGCAGCUGAGCGCACCGGCGAAGGAGUCUGCAGCAAAAGCAUCGACAAGCGCUGCGGCUGCACAGCCGGCUGUCGCAGGCGGCAGCGGCACAGGGAAGCGCCGCGUGCGCAAGACGCGCACCGUCACGCGCAAGGUCACCGAGAAGAACGAGAAGGGCUACCGAGUCACGCGAGACGUCACGCACGAGGAGGAAUACACCACCGAGGAGUCCGGCGAUGAGGCGGCUCCCAACGCGGCCAGCAGUGCCACCGCUCGCGCCAAGCCGCGCCCGUCCAACGGAGCAGCGAAGGCUGCCUCCGCCGCUGCCGCUGCUGCCGCUGCGGCACCCAAGCCUGCGCCCGCUGCCGCAGCGCCGCCCAAGGCAGCCGCCGCAUCGGCCGGCAACAAGAAGAAGGCCGGGCAGCAGAAGCUCAGCUCCUUCUUCACCAAGCCCAAGUGAGCUCGCACAUCCACACACUUUGCACCGAGGAGGUGCUCUUUGCAUUGCGUAAUAGCCACAGCCGACCGUUCAUGAGAGCCGAUCUAGCG